AUGGCAGAGCCUGAUUUCCUAAUCUCAGUGCCACUAGCAUUCUUUGAAGAGACGUUCAAGUACGAAAGAAGACGGCCCGAGAAUUUUGUUAGUAGACCCGACGAAUUACCAGGCAUGCAAAAUGACAACGAAUCUCACGUUGCGUCAUGUCGUGAAGAAGUGAUUCCCACCAUGAAGAGUUUUUUGAUAAUAUUUUGUGUGCCAGAGGAAGUAGAGACAUAUCUACAAGAGUAUGAUCGAACUAUUUAUAUGAAAAAAGGAUAUGUUGAAGUGAAGAGACACUGUUGCGCGCUUGAAAGACAUGAAAAUACUCUGACAAUGAUAGCAGCUAAGCUAGAUCUGGAGUAUGCAAUAAAGUCAGUAGAAGAAUUGGAACGACUUCUACAAGUCAGUAAUAGGUUUCUACCAGGCUGUCCCCAGAACAAGAUACAGAUAGAGGACGAGUAUUGGAUCAGUUAUCUCGAUAGUAUUGCGUUUCCAGCAAUGGAUGCUGAUGUACGAAAAGCAUUACGUAACCUAAACUCGUUGGACUGCGCGUUUGAAGAAAUUGAAAGAGCCAAAAUCGAAAUGACAAGAAUGAAAGAAUAUUCAUCUCAGAGGUUAGACGCCAUUAAUAGUGCCAUGGAGAAUUUGAACGAUGCAGAUGGUGAAGAUAAAGCGUUGAUGAAUGGUUGCCUAGUGUGGUUACGGAAAGAGAAGGAUGUAGUUUUGGAGAUGACUGUAGAAGUAUACAAGGUAUUUGGUGAGUCAAACGCGGAUAAUAUGGCAAGGGAAGACGAAAUAGAAAACUAUUUGUAUGGAGGAGAGGUUAGUAUAGACUUUAAUGACAUAGAUGAGACUAUGUACGAAUAUGGUGAAAAUGAUAAUAUUGAUAUGGAAAUUAUAACAUAA